CUGAAGUGAAACCCCGCUAAUGAAGAGGCGCUGCGACUAACCCCGUUGGCCACCGCGCUGUCACUCCGGUUUGUGAUGGUUAUUUAUACCAAACUCUUCUCCUUUCUCUCGCUUUUUCUUUCUCUCUCUCUCUCUCUUCUCUUCUCUCUUCCUCUCCAUCCGUCUUUCGUUUGACUCUUUCCUCUUCACUCGUUUGAAGUCCUCCGUUUUCAUCUACUUCCUCUAAUCUACCCUUAAUAGUAAUAUUAUCUCCAGUCUCUUCAAACCUUCAACAUGAAGCUCAGCCUUGUUCUCGCUUCUCUGGUCGCUGUGGCCGUCGCCCAGUCCUCCACCGGCUCGGAGGCCGCUGCUCCCACUGCCACCCUCACCCCCGAGGCCAAGUGCGCUGCUAAGUGCGACCAGAAGGAGGUCUGCUGCAUGGCCGCCUGCUACAAGGUCCCCUGCCCCAGCGACUCCCAGGCCAACGACACCACCAGCUGCGUCGCCGCCUGUCCCCAGGGCUCCGGCUCCCCCCAGGAUACCGACAAGUACGCCGCUUGCCAGUCCAAGUGCUACAGCAGCCACUUCUUCCCUGCCAGCGCUACUGGUUCCAGCGGUAGCACCGCCACGAGCGCCAAGGACGCCGAUGCCACCGCUACCGAUGGCAGCUCGUCGGACGACAAAGACUCUGACAAGGACUCUGACAAAGACUCUGACGACAGCUCCAAGUCGGGCUCCAAGUCCAGCUCCGCCCCCUCUGCCUCCGAGACUCCCAAUGCGGCCGCCGCCGGUCAGCUCACGGUCGGCGCGUCCGCUGCCGGUCUGGUUGGCUUCGCUCUGGCUGCCUGGGCUCUGUAAGGGAUUGGUCAGACCAUGAAUAUUUCCCCGCAGUAUGAAGAGAUGGAAGAAUG